AUGGACGCCCACACGCUCAAUGCAUGGACGCGGUUUGCGCUGCAAAAGGGCGGCAUCGGCACCUGCACAGCCCUCGUCGACAACCCUGCAACCGAUGCCGAGGACCUCAUGUUCAUGACGGGCGAAAAGAUCAUCGUCCUGCGAAGGCUUGACCAAGAUUCGGCGGGAGCAGCAGAGAGCAGUGCCAUGUCAGCAUCGUCUUCAUCAUCAUCGCGACGCAAGAGCCAAAACGACGGCGACGCGUGGUUCUUGGGCUAUUGCGAGGGCGUCGUUGGCAAAUUCAAGGGAGCACAUGUACAGAUCCACGGCAAGCUCAAGAAGCCUGUGCUGAUGCGGCGUAGUCACCAGGCUCCCAUUCAAGAGGCAUCGACUAAGCUCAUGUCCCAGGCUGCAGCGGCGUCCCUGCCAGAGUCGCAGGUGCCCGUUGGCAUCCCUGUGUCCACCAUCGAGUCGGAGGAUAGCGAGAUAGGUCAUGCCAAGUCGGGCAAAGGUUCGGCAGACAGCAGCGCCGGCAAUCGUGUCAAUGGCAUGACAGCAUCAGUACCGCCAGCAUCGUCAUCAUCUGCUCCCCCGCCUAGAGCCCCUCCAGCCACGCAACCCACUGCGCCGUCGUAUCGCCGACCAUCAGCUCGUGAUUCGUCCGACUCAGACUCAGACGAAUCAGAGACCAUGCUGCCUUGGGCAAGGCCAGCUGUCGAGGACGAUGCUGAUCCGCGCAAGCUUGGGCCGGGUGCAGCAGCAGCAGCGUCAUCCUCAUCGGCCAGCCGCUCUGACGGCCCCAACGAGCUUGUGAGGACCGCUUUGAUGCAGACGCAGAUCUCGCCCGUGGAGAGCAGGAACUCAAGCAAUGAGAGCGGUGCAAAGUCAUUUGGCAGCCACAUCCCUCAGUCACCGUCAGUCGAGUCACACAUGACGUCGGGCACAGAGGAUUCAGAGGACGACGACGCCAAUAGCAGCCGUCGAGACCACACCCUCUCCAUCUACGAUAUCUACGGACGCGACUCGGUAGCAUUUCCCAACUUCAACUUCCGAGGCCUCCCUCACUCUGACACGGCAGCUAGCCUCAAGGUCGAGUCUGACAAGCAUCCCACGCCUCCGAUGGCGCCUGAGCACAUUCGAGCAAGGGUCGGGGCCGCAGCCGCUCCCAACAAUGACGUCGCAGCCAAACUUCGCUCCUCGCCCUCUGGCCGACGUCCCAAUGCUGCGCCUGAUCCGCGGGUGGCGCCUCCGCCGCCUCAAGCGGCGAGGGCUCUGGCGUCCAGUCUGCGACAGCAGGUUGAGGCUACCUCGCCUAGGACCGAAGCGCCGCCUCAGUUCCCUCCCAAUCCUCACGCUCACUCCGCUGCCCCUAACGGACGACAAGCCGCAGCGUCUGCACCCAACACUCCUGCACUCGCUCAGCAUCAAGAUGGUCCGUCACGCUCCAAUCCGAACAGCAUGCAUGGCGCUCCUCACGGCGCCCCCACCUUCGACCCUCGUCGUCGGCCAUCCGGGCUUCAGAACGGUCCGCCCCCUGGCCCGCCGCAGCAACCACAACAGCGACAGCAGCCGCCUCCUCUGCGUAUACCGCAACGCUCCAACACUGGCAGCCUGACGUCUCCACCUAGCGGCGUGACCAAUUCUGCGACUUCGCCCAUGGCACCACCGCAGGGUAUUCCACGACCCGGUCAGGCCAUCCCUGCCGGUUUCGGACCUGGCUCGUUCAUCUCUGCAGCAGCUAGAGGCGAUCGAGGCAGUGGGUCGAGUAGUCCAGGCUCAGUUGCAUCUGCACCCGCGGAUGCCACCUCGCCUUACGGCAGCGCAGCUUCGCCUACUGGCUCCUACUUUCCUCCCAGCGUCAUGGCCUCCGUUGGACCGAAGCGCGCCUCGUCUGACCGCACAUCUCAGCGAGAGCGAGUUGGAUCUGGUCAACUGCGUAAGAACCCUAGCAACCCCUCGCCAGGCUCAUACGGCGGCGGUCAAAUGCCGACCGGCAGCGUCCGCGGUAGCAGUGGCGUAGACAUUCUGUCCCCGCCUCCUUCCUCCGCCCUGGGAGCAUCUCGCAGUCCUAGCCCUCUAGGACCGACACCGCCAGGCAACACCUCGUCGCGCCAGCCUUCUCCGCACUUUGAUACGGCAAGGGCGCACAGCCCUUCCGGCUCCAUGGCCUCCUCCAGCGGUCCACGAAGCGCACCGCCGCAGUCGGUUCGCCCGCUCGCGUACGAUGCAAAGGGCUUCGUCCUCGGCUCGGGCGUCCCGUGCAGACCAGAGAUAGAGGACCAUGAGACGGUCAAGAAGUGGCAGGCCAUUCUCGCCGAGAACGAUUUAGUUGGAGCACGCAAGAAUCGCAAGGUGCGAAAGCUGGUGCAAGCGGGCAUCCCCAACUCGAUGAGGGGCCAGGUCUGGCUCUUCCUCUGCAACGCGAGCGUACGUCGUCGCCCUGGCCUCUUUGAGGGGCUGUGCGUCACCUCGCAAGCACCGAAGGGGCGCAAGGGGCGCGAGGCUUUGUACGAGACGAUCGAAAAGGAUGUGGCACGCUGCUACCCGGACAAUCGUCUCUUCCAAGAGGGCGCGUCAGGCAAGGCCGACUUGGAGGCCAUCCUGAAGGCAUAUGUGCACUACAAUCCCAUCAUUGGCUACACGCAGGGGAUGGGCCUCAUCGCAGGCAUGUUCCUGCUCCACCUCCCCGCAGAGGACGCCUUCUGGCUGCUCUGUGCCCUGCUGCGCGAUAUCCACAUGGAAGGCUACUUCUCGAAUGAGAUGAAGCAGCUCCACAUCGAUGGGGUCAUCUUGGGCCAAUUGAUCCAGACGAUGGAUGGGGAGCUGGCAAACAAGCUUGCAGACGUCGGCGUCGAGCCAAUCAACUUCUCGCCCAGCUGGUUCCUUCCCCUCUUCUGCCGUAUCCUACCAUGGCCCACUUUGAUCCGCGUGUGGGACGUCUUCUUCUACGAGGGGCCCAACUGGAUUCUCCAGGUGUCCCUGGCCAUCAUCCGUAUCAUUCGUGCACCUCUCAUGGCUACGCGCGGCAUCACUGCGAGUGAGGAUGUGCUUCGCCUGCUCCUCCACCCACCGACGCAGGAGUUGACGACGGAGAAUGUCCUCUCGUGUGCGCUGACGGUUAAGUUGAAAGAUGGAGAGAUGAGGAAGAUGAGCAGGAGUGCGAGCAAGCUGGUCAGAGAGGCGCAAGGUAUGAGGGGAAGGAGGGCAAGUAGCACUAGUGGGCCGGCGGUCAAUGGAGCUGCAGCAGCAGCGGCAGCAGGAGGGGCAGCGGCAGGGAGGUCGCCGAGCGUGCCUGCGCGACGAUAG